ACUUAAAAAAAAAAGAGCAUACUUCUUUUGCUCUACUUAUUCCUAGUGGAAUCCCAGGGAUGUGCUAACUUACGGGCCAAUUGAGCGUAUGUCAGAAAUCUUGUAAAAUCACAUGCACACUAAAACAACAAAUAAAUACACAAUGUCUUAGAGAGAGGUGAGUCAUGCCAGGUGUUUCUACCUCUAAAAUCUUUAGGAGCCUACUUUCUCUGGAUAUAACCCAGAAGAUGAGAACAUCUACCUCUGGUGGCCAUCACCAUCUGAUGGAGGGAAGGCAGACACCAGUUCAGGCACAUGUUCUUAAUUGUGAAAAUCCCAUGAAAGAGAGAAAGUCUAUGAUUGCAGUGAGCUUCAUAGCAGCGUUCCUCUUCCUGCUGGUUGUGCGCCUUGUAAAUGAAGUGAAUUUCCCACUGCUGCUAAACUGCUUUGGACAGGCUGGCACAAAAUGGAUACCAUUCUCCUACACAUAUAGGCGGCCCCUUCGAACUCACUAUGGAUACAUAAAUGUGAGAACACAAGAGCCCUUGCAACUGGACUGUGACCUCUGCGCCAUAGUGUCAAACUCAGGUCAGAUGGCUGGCCAGAAGGUGGGGAAUGAGAUAGACCAGUCAUCCUGCAUUUGGAGAAUGAACAAUGCCCCCACCAAGGGCUAUGAAGAAGAUGUUGGCCGCAUGACAAUGAUUCGAGUUGUGUCCCAUACCAGUGUUCCUCUUUUGCUAAAAAAUCCUGACUAUUUUUUCAAGGAAGCAAACGCUACUAUCUACGUUAUUUGGGGCCCUUUCCGCAAUAUGAGGAAAGACGGCAAUGGCAUUGUUUACAACAUGUUGAAAAAGACUGUUGACAUCUACCCGAAUGCCCAAAUUUACGUGACCACAGAGAAGCGCAUGAGUUACUGUGAUGGCAUUUUUAAGAAGGAAACUGGGAAAGACAGGAGUACCUGACAACCACUUAUUCAGGGAAGAUCGGGAACUGGAGCAUCUGGAUCUCAAUAAAUUAUUUGACAGAACAAUCCAAGUGCUAUAACACAAGCUGCUACUGGGAAUGUAAAUCUGAUUGGCUGGCUUAGAAUCUCAUUUUCUAAUUUAUAGCCCACAUAUUAUGAAUUGGGAUACUGUACAGCCAAUGGGUGUUUGGACAGGUUUUACCAUAAAUAAUUUUUUUCUUUCUUUAGACUAUCAGCACAACAGAUAAAAUAUGCAAAUAAGUUCUUCUGAAACACAAAGCUUAAACUUGAGAUGGGUACCAUGAUUCUCUAUUUUUUUCUCCUUUGGCAUUCAUUUAAGAGUUCCAGAGCUCCAGAACUACAAUUAGACCAAAGAAACUGCUGCAGACCAAAGAAACUGCCAAAGAGCAGAGAACCAGUCCAACAAUGGCUGGUCCCUACCUACUAGCACCUCCCAUAAGUUUUCAAAGGUCAUUUGUAUGGCCAUUACAAUAUCCAGAGGUCCCAGAUGAGGGAUCUUUUUCAACCACAGAGCAGUAGUCCUCAAACUUUGAAUUUUGGAGACCAGGAAAGAAAUUCUUAAUUGGAGCCCUACUAAGGUCACCUUUUUAGUUUACCAAUUAAAGAUGUGUAAAUUUUUUUCCCUUUUCACUCAUUUGUUAAUUUGUGACUAUCUAUUGAGCACAUACUAUCUGCUGCUACUGUAAAAGUAUGCCCUGGGAAUGCAAUGAAAAACAAAGCUAGAUGUAAUCUAUACCCUCAAAUACUUUAUGGGCUUGGUGGGGGAGACAGUUAUUGAUAAAUUAUACUAAUAGUUGUAAAAUUCACAUUGAGAUAGGGACUGUGAAGGAAAUAAAUAAAAUGGUUCUCUUAGAGCACGUAACACAUUAACUUUAUAUAGACAGAAAAGGUCAGGAAACUCUUCUUCUUUAAAACGUGCUGGGAGAGGGUUGCCUGGGUGGGUCAGUCAGUUGAGCAUCUGACUCUUGAUUUCAGCUCAGGUCAUGAGCUCAUGGUUUUUUGAGUUUGAGCCCCCACCUCCCCCCGCAUGUGGGGCUCUGCACUGGCAGCAUGGAGCCUGCUUGGAAUUUUCUCUUUUUCCCUUUCUCUCUGCCCCCAUUCAUGCUGUCUCGGUCUCUCACAAAACAAAUAAAUAAACUUUAAAAUUGUACUGGGAGGUUUGGAGGCAUCUUUGAGCUUGCUAAGUAGACACCAUAAGCAAAGCCUACCCUGUUGAGUUAAAAACAUUUAUGGACAAGAAAUUAUCAUUGAAAUUGAAUUGUGGCAGACAUUUCCAAGGAAUAUUGCAGGGGUUCAGUCCUUUUUUGAAUCUUGUGAUAGAUGAAUGUGUGCAGAUGGCAACUGUGGGCAACAGCACAAUAUGAGAAUGGUGUUAAUAUGAGGGAAUAGUGUCAUCAUGUUAGAAGCCUUGUAAUGAGUGUAAACAAUGAGUGUGUUCACCAGAAGAAAUAAGCUGCUUCUGAAUAUCCCCUCUCCAUAGCACCUGUUUUACUACAAUAUAAAAAUCAGGCCAUGUGCAUUUUCAUAUUGAACUUUUUUGUUAAAUAAACUUUUGUAAGAGUAAAAAAAAUAAAAUAAAAUAAACUUGUGCUUGGCUUCAGCAGGUCUCAGACUAUACAGGGCCUUGUAGCCCAUGAUGAGGAUUUUUAAUUUUAUGCCAAGAGUGAUGGAAAGUAAUUAUUAAAGAAUUUUAAGAGAGUCCUCUGAAUGCCACUGGACAAUGGAUUGGAGGGCAGGAAGAGUGGAAGGAGUGAGAUCAGGUGGAACAGAAUGUUGGUGCUAUAGAUAUGAUUAGUGUGACAGCCAUGUGAUGGUGAGUCGUUGGAUUUGAGGGAUAUUUUGGAACUGGAACUGCUAAAACUCAUUGAUAGAUGAGGGAUGAGGGAAGGAAGAGAGAGGUAUUGAGGAUGACUGAAUAUUCCUGGCUUGAGCAACUUGCCAUUUCCUAUACCAUUUACCGAGAUAGAAGGACCAAGAGAGGAACACAUAGAAGCAGAAAGGAUCCCUUUUUGGGCUUGUUAAGUUUAAGGUGCCUAUGAGAUAUCCAAAGCAGGCAGAUACAUGAAUCAGAAGUUUGGAGACGUAUUUUGCUGCUAGAUACACAUUUAGAAGUUGUCAGCAUAUCGAUGGUAUUAAAGUCAUGGGAGUAGAUAAGAUUUCAGAGAAAUGAACAUUAUGGAACUUAGAACAUUCUGAGACUUGAUACAGAAGGGAGAAUCUUCAGAGUAUCUUUCUAUGAAAAGGACGGCAUUUUAACACCCACAAAAUAGGAAGAACAUAAUAUCUGUUCUUUAAAUUAAGGACAUUUCAUUGCAUGAAAUCCUCCCUCCAUUGUCCUUACCAUUCCUAUUUUGCUUCAGAUCAGUCAGAAGUUCGUCAUGGAGCAGUCGUUGCAAACCACUGCCCUAGAGUUUCUGCGACUGCCUUGGGUGGGAAGGACCUCAUUUUGGUAGAACUUCUUAUCUGCACUCCCAGUUUCACUUGACUUCUUAGACUCUUCAGGCUUAAAAACACUUCUGGGGUUCGCACGCCUGCAUGGCUCAGUCGGUUAAGCAUCCCAGUUUGGCUCAAGUGAUGAUCUCACCACGUGUGAGUUCAAGCCCCACGUUGGGCCCUAUACUGACAGCUCAGAGCCUGGAGCCUGCUUCAGAUUCUGUGUCUCCCUCUCUCUUGGCCCCUCCCCUGUUUGCAGUCUGUCUCUCUCUCUCAAAAAUAAAUAAACAUUAAAAAAUUUUUAAUAAAUAAAUAAACACUUCUAGGGUUUCUAAACCAAAGUCGUCCACAGAGUGACUUAAGAUCCUACCAUAUGACAUCAGUUCCCUCCUAUCCUGAAAUGUAAAGUCAGUUACCUCCUACACACUUUGUGGCAUUCCUAAGUCAGAGGGCUACACUGUCAAUUGUAGUGUAGUUAUAUGUGUGCAUCAGGCUGAAUUAACACUUACAUAGCCAUCUCUUCCUCCUGUCCAUCAUAGUAUGGCACCCAUCCUGGUGUUCUUUGCUAGUGGACCUAGUAAGGGUUUCUGAAUUGUCUCAUCACAAUGUUCCAGACAGCCAUGAUCAAUCAGAUUGAAUGUGGAAAUUAUUGUAAUGAUACUACUAGCAAUAAUAACCAUGUAUUAUCAUACUUGUAACUAUUAUUACUAGUAAUAUUCUUAACACUUUGUGUCAUGCUCUGCACUAAGGGUUGUCCAAUCCUCAACUUAUGUAAGCCUUCACCACAACUUAGAAGGUUGGUUCCAUCUUACAGAUGAAGAGGCAGAGGCUGAAAGAUGGACUUCCCAGGUGUACAUCCCAGUAUUGUUUUUACAUUGUAUUAUAAUAACAUGCCAUUAUCUGCAAUGGUGGAAACUUGCUGGGACUCCAUACUUUUCCUCUUCAAACCCUCAGCACCUAAUAGUGCUUGGCACAUUUAAGGUGCUUGAUAAAUAUUGAAGAUGGUAUAUACUCUAUAGUGACAGAACCCUUUUGAAGGGUGGUGGUUGUGUCUUUGAUGAUUUAGAAUCUCUUGCAGCUUCUAGCAUAAUUCUCAAUAAAUAUUUGGAAGGUUGAAUACGUGGGUUUAAAAUGGGCCGAAAAACUCCUGGAAACUAAGAAGGUUCUGACGGUGCUGCUGGUGGAGGGAUUACCACCGAAGGAGGAUUACGAAGAUGCAUCACCUAAUAUGCUGUGGCGGCAACUGUGGGUCUGAUUCUUACUGAAGCAUUCUUAUUCAUGACCUGGGUGGGGAAAAGGAAGAAGCUGCUCAUUUUUGGAAUUCACUAAUAAUUUCAAUUUGGAAAGUAUCGUGAGCAGCUCAGGCAAUAGAAAUAAAAGGCAAACAACCUGGGAGACUUGAGGUAUGUCGGCUGGGAAUAGUAACUUUGUGAGCAUUUGAAAAAGGCAAGGCAGUGCAUUCACCUGGGGGAAGGGAAUCCAAACACAGAGCUGUUCUCAGGGAAGCAGACGCCAGAGCACAGCGAUGCCAAAGUAGGCCCAGGGGGCAUAGUGGUCUGCAAAUUAAAUUCAGGCCAGCCAGGCAGUCUGGCAGAAUGAAAGGGAAGGCCAGGUUGAGGCUGCCUGUGCAGAAGGGCACGGAGUAACAGUUCCUCUGUGGACACUUGGAGCUGGGCAGCACCUGGCACCACACGCUCUCUUCCCACCACCUCAUUACUGGGGAAGCUCAGGCAAUUUGGAAGAAGAGCAGAGAAUAGCAAAAAGAGUGAAUGAAUUCAGGAAAGGACGUGGAUGAAAGAUCAAAAGAAUUAGAUAGCUGUAGUUUAGUUGCGGAAAGCUAAAGGGAGGAGGAAGGAAAGGCCUGGAAACUCAAAUAUCCAAGUCUACUCUGAAAUAACCAACUGGAAACUUGCAGAAUACCCAUCAAAUUGAGACCUUUCAGAUGAAAAUGGACAUUUUCUUCCAAGCCAUGGGCUUCUUGCCUGAACUGGCAAUCUGCCUACCCAGGUGCUCAGUAAAUACUGUCUUGUAAAAUAACCUUCCUUUGCCAGAAGAGUAUAAGAUCCGGGAAAUAGACCAAUAGGAAGCACAUUAGAAAAUCAGCCAACCCUUUCCACCCUUUCCUUAGUGCCCAGUGAGGACAGGAUUAAAGGAACUAGAUUUCUGUUGUGUUUUUCAAGUCAGACUCUUUUCAACAAUGAAGUUGCCUCUUCCCAUUCAGAUAAAUACAGAGCAAAAUAGAAACCUCUGGAGCACAGGGAAUGCCUAAGACACGGUUGGCUAGCCUUUGGUUAAAUCCUAUCAUUGCAAUUUCCUUUAUGUCAAGGGGACUGGGGGGAUGCUAAUUUUUUCCCCUCCCAGGCGGUGGAGGAGGUGGGUAGUGAAAGCUGUACCUCUGAACUAAAGGUGGACUUGGCGGAGUUCAGUUUUAAAAAUCCAAGUAGAUGGAUUAGGGGUUCUUUGUUUUAUAGAAAGAAGUCUCUGAAAACAGCAACUACCUGGCUGCUAUUGAGUCUUUGUUUUCAGUCCAACUCCACUGUUCUUAACCUGGAGCCCAAGAUAGUCAAGUAUUUAGAUUCCCAGCCAGUUGCAAAGCAAUCACACACCUGUUAUUAAGCUCCAGCAUCAGUGGGCUUCUUGUGCUCCUCAAACAUGCCAACCCUCUGAAACCUACUGUUUCCCUCUCUGCUGGGCUUGCUUACCUACCCACUUCCUUGUCCCAUUCCUGCUUUCUGCAGGGCUGGCUCCCUCUCAUUCCUCUCUUCUCAACUUAAAUAUCGCCUCUUUUAGAAGGUAUCUUUUUGGAGUGAUUUUGCCUCCAAAUAAGAGGAAAUCUUGUUAAUAGAGGCUCCAGCCAGUAGGAGCUAAAAAGAAGUUCAGAGUAAACAGUCCGUCCAAACCAUGGCUCAGCUCUGACUUCAGGGACCCAGGAGCCCAUUACUGUGCUCCACCCCUCACCACAUAUGGCUCCCAUCUGCAUCAUAUCAAGAUGUCUGGUCCAUCCCCAGCAUCACAUCCAUGCUGCAGACAGAAUAAUAUACUAGGAGUAAAGGAGGGUGAAAGGCUUUUUUUCUAGUGAUGCUCUUUUUGUGCAGAAAGGGCCACUGGCUCCAGAGACCCCUAUGUCUAAUUAGUUAGAACUGUGCCACGUGCAAAAGAGUCUGGGAAAUCAAUAUUAGCUUCCCAACCUCUGUAGUAGAACAAGGCCAGGAAGAAGGGGGCACGUGGAUAACUUUCAGGUAGCCAAACUUCAGUGACUGCCAUGGUAUUUGCCCUGGCCCUGCUUGGUUAUUCUGUCUCAUAAUUCCCUGCUUCUCUUCAUGGCAUUUCUCAUAGUUUGUAGAUGUACAUUUGUAAUCCCACUGGAAUGUGAUACAUAUCCUUUCUAUGCCUGGCUGUUUUACCAUUCUAUCACCAGAAUCUAGCUUUGUGCCUGACAAAUGGAAGGCACUUAAUAAAUAUCACUUAAUUCAGAGGCUAGUUGGCUGUUAGAAGAAAAGAGAAGCUACCUCUGAAAUCAUCAUGUAAUCACAACCUCCCAGGAAACUAGGAUUCUGGCUGUCAACAUUUGAUUUUCACACAGAUCCUUUUUUAUUUAUUAAAAAAUAUUUC